AUGAGCGAUCCAAGCAAGAUCAAAUCAGACAGUGAAUGGAGAGCCAUUUUGUCUCCAGAACAAUUCCGCAUACUGCGCCAGAAAGGGACGGAGCCUGCAGGAACCGGCAAGUACGAGCACUCGAAAGAUCAAGGUGUAUUUACCUGUACCGGAUGCGGAACCCCUCUUUACAAGAGCAGUACCAAAUUCGACAGCGGUACGCCCUCAUUAUUUGAUAUCCGACCUCCAGCCAUACCUGGAGCAGUGUCACGCCACGAAGAUCGCUCGUUUGGAAUGUCCCGCAUCGAGAUUACAUGUACGGCUUGCGGAGGACAUCUCGGGCAUGUGUUCAAGGGCGAAGGGUUCAGAACCCCAACGGACGAGCGUCAUUGCGUCAAUUCGGUCUCGCUCAAUUUUGUUGAGGAUAACAAAGUUUAA